AUGACUUCACUCAAGGCUGACGACGGAAAAAUGCAAGACCCGGAGUGCAACCACUUCGAAACGUCAAAGAUUGGCCCCGGGAUUGCAACCGCUGGUACUAGGACUGGUGAAGAUAUCGUCAACGCCGAAAGACAACUCUCGGUCCUUCACAAUGCGAAGAGGCAUUGGCGAGCUCUGCUCAUAGCUUCGGUGGCUUUCUCCGCUGGCAUCGUCUUCGCCUACGACACAGUGACCAAUGGAGCCUCGAUCUCGAUGCCCUCGUUUCUACUAUACUUUGGCGAAAUUGGACCGACAGGACCCUAUCUCCCAUCCAUCUGGACCUCGUUGUGGACUGCAAUGUCUUCACUUACGCAGGCUCUUGGCGCCAUUUUGGUCGGCUUUGUCUCUGAUCGAUAUGGACGGAAGUGGCCUUCCUGCGCCGCAGCUAUCUUGACUUUGGUCGGCGCGGCGGUGCAGUAUAUCGCUGUGCCACGUGCAACUCUGAUGGGUGGCAAGAUGAUUUCUGGCUUGGGUAUUGGUGCUGUGAUGGCCACCGCUACAACAUACAUCGGUGAAGGUCUGGCGUUGGGUGUGAUACGCAUCUUCGUUCCCGAUAUUCGAGAGCAAGCGUUCAGGACGGUCAUUGCUAUCCAGUGGGCCGUUGGUGGUCUAGCUGUUAUCACCUGGGCUGUGGCACCAGAGUCCCCUAUCUGGUUGAUCAAGAAGGGGAAGAUUGAAGCUGCGCGAAAGGUCAUGCACAAGAUCUACGGUCCAAAUAAUCCCGAUGAGCGCCUCGAGUAUGAGAUACAGGCUAUCCGCGCGGAACAAGAACUCGAAAUGAACAACAACGCUACAUACGCAGCAUGUCUCCAGGGCCAUAACCGGAAGAGAUCUUUGACCGUCGCAUUUCUCUACUCCACAGCUAACAUCGGCGGCGCCCCUUUUCUGGCUCAGAACAUCUACUUCCUCAUUACUGCCGGUCUUGAGGCCGUUCACUCUUUCGACAUUGGUAUCGGCGGCUUCGCUUUUGCUGUGCUGAUAAUCUUGGCUAGUGGAGCAUACCUGCAGCGUAUUAGUCGACGAAACGUCGUGCUGCUAGGCCUUGCAAUCAACCUUCUUUUCAUGGUUAUCAUUGGCGCGCUUUACUGGGUUACGAAUAAGGGCGGCCUCUGGGCAAUCGCUGUCCUGAUGAAUCUUCUCAUCUCCUUGCAGGCGGCGUUCCUCCAAGGUGCUGGUUGGCCUAUCGCUGCCGAGAUCCCAUCGUACGCUCUUCGCGCCAAAACACUAUCUAUUGGCAUUUGCGCACAAACUUUCACAACUUGGUUGUUCAACUUCAUCACACCUUACAUGUAUAACGUCGACUCUGGCAACCUCGGAGCCCGUACCGGUUUCAUCUAUGCUGGGACAUCUGUGUUCUUGUUAGCAGGGGCAUGGUUCCUUGUUCCAGAUACCACUGGUAUGACGACGGAGGAAAUCGACAAGGCUUAUGAGUCGGAAUUGACGCCCAGGAGGUUCCAGAAGCUCGCUUUGCCGGCUCAUAUGGACCAUGAUGGCAAGGCGUUGUGA